AAAUAAACAAAGAACGAUCGUUUUGUAUCAUGUCUAAUAUGAAAUACUAAUUGGCCAAAAAGUACACGGACCUUUAAAUAUAUCUUAUGUCAAUGUCUAACUGAUAACGACGAAGGUUUGUUGUAGACUAAGUAGGUAACGGUUGAACUGUCGCACGUUUUGAACGUCAUGGCCGUUGUGACGCGGAGGCACUAUCCGCGUUCAAAACAACUGGGAACGAGGUACUCGUGAAGCUCCGACUUCAGUGCGUUCAAAACAACUGGGAGCUCGGGAAAAACAACUCAGUCUGGGAAAAAUAAUUGUGUACGGUCAUCCAACUCCGAAUUCCAACCUGGGCUUCUUUCUUUUUAUUUGAAUUCCCAUUUUACGAGUUCCCAGUUGUUUUGAACGCGGCAAGUGUGCCUUGGCAUUACACUGCCAUGACGUUCAAAACAACCCACUUUUGUCUUUAUCAGUUCGUAAUGUCCGAGAACUUGGUAGUGACAUAAAAUCCUCUUUCGCAAACUAGCUACAAUGCUGCAGCCUGAAUUGAUACAGCUUUUGACAGCGAGUGAUUUGGUUGAUUUACGAAUCGACGCAAUUCCUAAAUUGCAGGCGGGCUUUAGACUGGGGAGUUUCUUCAGUUCGUCCAGAUCACAGGACGGGGAGGCGAAGGCAACGUUCAUUCCACAACAAAUACUGCUCAACAAGGACCACGAGUUGUUUGAGGAUGGAGACAUACAUAGACACCUGUACCUCCAGAACCUCUCUACCUGCCCAGCUUAUGACUCGCCUACAUCCAGGCAGUGUGAGUUCAGGUGUUCUAUACCUGGCUGUAGCCAGGUGUUCAGUACUGUCGAGGACUAUGAGCAUCACUAUAACACACUCCACAGACACGUGUGUUCUUCCUGCCAGAGGUCGCUUCCCUCCGCUCGCCUGCUCGACAUCCACAUCCAGGAGUGGCAUGACUCGCUCUUCAGCAUUCUGGCUGAAAGGCAGGACAUGUACCAGUGUCUAGUGGAGGGGUGUGGUUCGAAGUUCAGAACCAGAGAACAGAGGAAAGACCAUAUGAUCAAGAUCCAUAAGUACCCUUCUGACUUCAUGUUCGACAAGGUGAAGAGGAUCAAGAAUAUCAAAAUAGCGAAGAAUAAUAUGCUGCAGAAAGGCACAAGUAUGGAGGUGUCCAUGAGUGUGAGUGAACCUGAGGGUGUGUGUGAGGUGUUGUCUGACCAACCAGAGGAAGAGGAAUAUAUGGAGAUAAAUCACUCUCUCGAACCAGCCCACCACAAACCAACAGAGACCACAGCACAACAGAGAGAGAUAUUCCUACAGGGUUCCUAGGACGGUGUGUUUCGGCCAGGGUUCUGUCCAAGGGUUCAGAGGUCAUGGCAGGAGGAUUUAGAGAAUCUGAUGAGCCUCAGACAGGAUGCGACCCUUGCAUCGGCCUGGUCUGGCGUGUGUUUUAAAAAUAAUACAAUAAAUCAUGUUUGUUUAACUCAA